UUUGUUUAUGUUAUCACUAAAUGUUUAUAUGACUGGGUUUUAUUUACAAUACGGUGUAAAACAAAAAAAUAUACAUUUAAAAAAGCCCGCGCUCUAUUUAGUGGACAGGAAAUAGUCUGCUAGUAUCAGCUUGACUAUAGGUAGAAUCAUAACCUCUCAAAUCGACUCCGAAAUGCGUGAGGCUGCUCCAAAACAUAGAGUAACCGCUGUAACAAUUUGUUGAUUAUUUAUAAUAUUAUUAACAAUGAGUAAGUGUAGAAGCACCAGGCGCGUACGUAAGCAUCGUUUAAAUCAUCUAAUGAAAAAAACAUUAGAUGCAAAUCUUGAUGAUUCGUUAGACUUUCUGUUUGAUAAUGUGACUGUGAAUGUGCCAAGUCAUUCCUCUACUUCAGCAGAAAAUCAAGAAGUAUCAUCAAAUGAUUUUAGUAAUUCAUUUCAUGAUUGCAAUAUCAGUCAUGAUCUGCAUGAGGAUGUUGAUCUUGAUGUGAGUGUAAGGUGUAGUGACAACGAAUUAAGUGACAACGUAAUGAGUAGUGAUUAUGAAUGGGAUGAAUUAGUCGAUCAUGAAGAUUUUGCUGCUGUUAACGAUGAGAAUUAUGAAUCUGAUGCUGAUGCUGAUAAUGAAGAUGCUAGAUGUGAUGGUAAACAGAUUGAUGAAGUUCCAGAAGUUCAUGAAUUACGAAUCUGGGCUGUCGAGUCGAGAUGCCCUGCAAUACAUCUGGAUAAGUUAUUAAAAAUCUUGAAAAAAAGACUUAUCCCGCAAAUACCACAGUGUUCAAAAACUUUGUUGUUCACUUCAGCUGCGCAAUACAAAAUUAAUAAAAUGUUGGAUGCGGAUGGAUUGCAAGCAGAAUUUUCUUACUUAGGAGUUGAAAAAGGACUUCAAGCGUGCAUUAAUCCUGCAUUACAUGAAGAUAAAAUAAUUGAACUUGAUUUUAAUAUUGAUGGUGUGAAGAUAAAAAAAUCAAGCCCUAAAACUAUGUGGCCUAUUCUGUGUAAAGUGUAUUACAAGCCGAUACCAAAAAUUUAUAAGCCUUUUGCAGUAUCAGUGUUUUAUGGUAAUGGAAAACCUAAGAACAACUUUGAAUUUUUUAAACCUUUUGUGCGUGAGGUGAAUAAUCUUUUGCUGAAUGGAGUCUCUAUUAAAUCACAUCAAUUUAGAAUCGUCAUAAGAAGUUUGAUCUGUGAUACACCUGCAAGAUCACAAGUAAAAGGUACUAAGUCACACGCAAGUUUUAACGGUUGUGAAAGAUGUGAUGUGGUUGCUCAUAAAACUGAUGGUGUGACAGUGUAUACAGAAUAUGGACAAAAAAGAACGAAUGCAGAUUUCAGAGCUUUCAGUGACGUGGAUCAUCAUAAUGAAGCAUCUCCUCUACUUGCCAUUGUACCAGAAAUAAAUUUUAUUGAUCAGUUUAUUCUGGAUUCAAUGCAUUUAUUAUAUUUAGGUGCAAUGUUACGGUUAUUUGAGAACUGGAUGACUGGAGAUCUCAAUGUGAAACUAAGUGCUACACAAAAAAGUGAAUUGAACCGUCGCACAUCAAAGUUAAAAGAAGAUAUACCAAGAGAAUUUGCUAGAAAGAUGAGGUCAACCAAUUAUUAUGACAAAUAUAAAGCUGUUGAACACAGAUUUUUUGUCUUGUAUUGCGGGCCAAUUGUUUUAAAGAAGCUUCUAAAUCAAGAUUUGUAUAAUCACUUCUUACUCUUUCAUGUGGCUUGUCGUAUGUUAUCAAGCAAGAGAGCAGUGUCUUUUAUACGUUUAUCAAGAGACUAUUUAACAAAGUUUGUGAAAGAUGCGAAAGCAUUGUAUGGGCCAACAUUUGUUUCUUUAAAUAUUCACAAUCUAUCUCACCUAGCAGACGACGUGGAGAACAUGCAGUGUAAUUUAAAUGACAUUUCAGCUUUCCCUUAUGAAAGUGAAUUAGGUAAAAUAAAAAACAUUUUACUAUCUCCCAACAGGACAAUAGCACAGUAUUGUCGACGUGUUCAUGAGGAGAGAGAAAUACUUGAUCAAGUGGCGUGCUUACCGAAAGAAGUAGUUAUUCUUAAAAAAUAUAAGGAAAAUAUUACAUGCUUGAAUUAUAAACAACAGUUUUUCAGUACAAAACAUCCAGACAAUUCAGCAUUACUGGAAAAUGGAGAUGUUGUACAAAUAGUGAAGAUGAUUUCAAAAGAGGACAAAAUUUUUCUAACAGUUAAAAAGUAUAGAAUUAAAAAACCAGUGUAUACACAGCCUUGUGAGUCUUCCAUGCUGAAUAUAUGUGAAAUAGAAAGUGAGACUGCGCAUCCUAAUUUGAAAAUUGUACAACUUGAAAAAGUUUUAUGUAAAUUAGUCAAGAUAUCAGUGAAUUAUUCUCCAGAGGAUAGAGAACGGAGCUUUAUGGUACCACUGCUCCACUAAAGAACAUAUAACCUUUUCAACAAAUUCUAAAUAUAGGUUAUCUAUUUUCUGUACAGAAAAUGGAAACAAAAAGAUCGUUUUCCGCGAAAUUCAAACCAUGAAAAAUGGUCAAGAAAUAGAUAUGGGAUGACUAUCAAUGAU